AUGUCUACCCUUGAUCAACUUCGACAGUUUACCACCAUCGUGGCCGACACUGGCGACUUUGAAGUGCUUAAGACCUUUGGUCCACAAGAUGGCACAACGAACCCUUCUCACAUUCUCAAUGCUGCAAAACAACCAAAAUAUCAGUCUGUAAUUGAUGACGCUGUCCGUUAUGGCAAGGCAAGCUCCGACUCGCUGGAAGUGCAGGUCGAGCAUGCCCUUAUAAGGCUCCUUGUCGGAUUUGGCAGUGAAAUCCUCAAGUGCAUCCCAGGCCGAGUCUCGACAGAGGUGGACGCGAUCUACUCCUUUGAUAAGGACAAGACAGUCAAGAUGGCGCGUGAGAUCGUCGCACUAUACGAUGGUCUUGGUGUCCCGAAGCAGCGCGUGUUGAUCAAGAUAGCAUCUACAUGGGAGGGUUUUCAGGCCUGUCGUGUUCUAGAAGCGGAGGGCAUCCAUUGCAACAUGACUCUCAUCUUCUCUCUAGCCCAGGCCAAGCUGGGGGCCGAGGUUGGAGCAACUCUGGUCUCACCCUUUGUCGGUCGGUCCAUGGACUGGUGGCAGAAGACUUUCCCGGGAAGAGACUACACCGGCUUUAAGGACCCUGGUGUAAGGCUGGUGACGGACAUCUUUGACUUUUACACCACUCACGGGAUCGCAACCGAAGUCAUGGCUGCGAGUUUGCGAAACAUAGACGAGUGUGUCCACCUCGCUGGCGUUGACUUGAUGACUAUCAACGUCAAGUUGCUGGAGGAGCUUCAAAAGGCGGAUUAUCCCGUCCGCCAACGAUUACAAAACCACAAAGAGCGGCCUGUUAACGGCAUGUUGAAAAUGAGUUCUUAUGCUCAAGAUGAGGCUCGUUUCCGUCUUGAUUUGUUCAAUGAUUGCAUGGCUUUUGAAAAGAUGUCGGAGAGUCUGCGGAUCUUUCUGAAAGACGGGGAGGAGCUCAAGGGUAUCUUGCGACAGAGCCUAAGUGUCUGA